AUGCAAUUCUCAAUUCUCUUUCUAAUUUUACCUAUUCUUGGAGUCACAUCAUUCACAUGUGUUCAAGAACAAGAUAGUGCAGAUACACCGUAUUCUGCAUACGGUGAAUGCUCUUCAAAUAUGUAUUGCUACACGUGAGCGAACUUACUUUUUCAAUUAAUUUAAUUAUCAAUUUAUAUUUUUAGAAUGACAGAAACAUAUCAGAACAAUGUAGUCAAAGUGAGAAAAGAUUGUGAUAAUGGAAGCUAUUGUGGGGUAAGAAACACAUUGUGUACCCAAAACUAAACUGAUAACAUUACUUUUAUUUUUUUUUAGAAGUCUGGAAGCUACAGCAAUCCUCCAAAAUCAUCAGGAUCAGUUGAAUCUUACUAUUGUUGUCAAGGAGACUAUUGCAAUAGUGCGAAAACAUUCUCAACAAUUUUGAUGCUUCCAAUUGUUUUUGUCUCAUACAUGUUUUUCAAAUAA